UGUCAGUCUGGAGUGACUCCACUGACUUCAGAGGAAAGCAGCACAUUCUGAUCUUUGUGGUUUCUAAAGGAGAAGGCAUCUUCCAGUGGGCUGCACUAAUUCUUUGCAGCUGACUUCUCCUCUAGUGACCUGGAGUAAAUUGCACUGAGAAUUGCAGUAAUUUGACACUCCCAGCUGCUGGCCUGACAGCAGAAAGACUUUUAUGUAACUAUUUAACUUGAGCUAAACAUCAGAUGUGCCAGACUCGCAGCUGGCAGAGCCCUGGAUACAGCUGCUGAGCUGGAGCAAAACAGAGACAGCAAAGAGCCAGUCAAUUACAACAGAUGGAAACUGUUAAGAACAGCAAUGACCUCAAUAGCAUCCCUGCAGUGGAGUUCAUUGAUAAAGACACGAUACCGGCCACAUCCUCCCACAGCGUUGUUACCAUGGGGCCUGAGGAAGAAGAAGCAGGAGACUUCCUGCGUUCUUUCCCCACCCGAGAGUCCCUCAGGUCCCCCCGGGGCUCUGUUGUGACCUUCCAUGACAUCCAGUACUCCAUCAAGCAAUCGAGCGGGUUCUUGUGCAGACGGAAAACAAUGGAAAAGAAGAUCCUUCACAAUGUGAACGGUAUUAUGAAGCCAGGCCUCAAUGCUAUCUUGGGACCAACAGGGAGCGGUAAAUCCUCUCUCCUAGAUGUGCUGGCAGCAAGAAAGGACCCCGCUGGCCUCUCUGGGAAAGUAUUGAUAGACGGUGUCUUGCAGCCUCCGAAUUUCAAGUGCAUCUCAGGAUACGUGGUACAAGAUGAUGUUGUUAUGGGCACAAUGACAGUGAGGGAGAAUCUGCUCUUCUCUGCAGCUCUGCGACUUCCCAGCACUAUAAGCUUUCAAGAAAAGGAAGAGCGAGUUACACAGAUUAUCAGUGAGCUGGGGCUGAACAAAGUAGCUGAUGUGAAGGUAGGAACUGAACUAAUCCGAGGUGUGUCGGGUGGGGAGCGGAAGAGAACCAACAUCGGGAUGGAACUCAUUACGGAGCCACCAGUCCUUUUUCUGGAUGAACCAACCACUGGCCUGGACUCCAGCACGGCCAACGCUGUACUCGUCCUCUUAAAGAAACUUUCAAGAAGAGGUCGAACCAUCAUUUUCUCUAUCCACCAACCUCGUUAUUCCAUAUUCAAGCUUUUUGACAGUCUGACGCUGCUAGCAUUAGGAAAGGUGCUGUAUCAUGGGCCAGCUCAGCAAGCACUGGAGUAUUUUCGUUCUGUGGGGUAUGAAUGCGAACCCUUCAACAAUCCAGCUGACUUCUUCCUUGACGUGAUUAAUGGUGACUCCACUGCUGUGGCAGCAAGCAAAAGUGACUGCAGAAUCACAGAGUAUGGUGAGACCCAAACAGGGAUAAAUGGUGAAAAUGGAGAAGCAGAAGAAAAUGUGGACAGGACUGUGGUGGACACACUGCACCAGGAGUAUCUGAACUCCAGCCUGUACUGCAACAUGAGGGAUAUGCUGGAGAAAGUGGAGCUUAGCCUGGGGAAUAAGAAGAGGAAGUUGAGGCAAGUGAACCAGAUCACGUAUGCAAAUGGAUUCUUCACCCAGCUGUGUUGGGUCUCCAAGCGUUCCCUGAAGAAUCUCAUCAGGAAUCCUCAGGCAUCUGUUGCACAGAUCGCAGUGACCCUUAUACUAGCCUUGAUAGUGGGUGCCAUCUUUUUCGGAGUAAAGCUGAAUCGAAGUGGCAUUCAGAAUCGGGUUGGAUCCUUGUUUUUUGUAACCACAAACCAGUGCUUUUCCAGCGUUUCAGCAAUUGAGCUGUUCAUCAGAGACAAGAAAUUGUUUGUCCAUCAGUACACCAGUGGGUAUUACCGUGUAUCUGCAUACUUCCUUGCCUUGAUGAUUGGGGAUCUUGUGCCCAUGAGAACUGCACCAGCCAUCAUAUUUUCCUGUAUCAGCUACUGGAUGAUUGGCUAUCAGGCAGUGGCAGGACGGUUCUUUUUCUUCAUGCUGACACUGGUGCUGGUAUCAUACACAGCCACAGCCAUGUCUCUGGCUAUCAGUGCUGGGAUGGAUGUGGUUGCCAUUGCCAAUCUGCUUAUCACAGUUUGCUUUGUCUUGAUGCUUAUCUUUUCUGGCCUUUUAGUGAACCUCCCAUCUGUGAUGGGAUGGCUGAACUGGCUCAAAUACUUCAGCAUCCCCCGAUAUGGCCUGACAGCCCUGCAAGUAAAUGAGUUUAGAGACCUGUACUUCUGCAGUGGGAAUAGCUCAAAUAUUACGACAUCCAUAGGAGAUACCCCUGCUUGUUCUCCAGAUACCUCGGAGUUUGGAGAAAUGUGUUAUGGUGAAACAUACCUGUGUAGCCAAGGAAUUGCACCCACUAACUGGGCUAUGUGGGGAAACAUUGUGGCUCUGGUCUGCAUGACUUCCAUCUUCCUCCUGAUAGCCUAUGCAAAACUCCGGUUUAUGAAGAAGUUUACCUAGCUUCACCUAUUACCUUGAUCUACCACUUACCUCAGGACUUUGACUUGCAAAGCAUGUCAGUUUAAGGGAUCUGAACCUGUAGUCACUGAUACUCAUUAAGAUUUCAAUGGGCCUAGAUGGGCAUCAGAUCAGAAGAUUCCCAGUGACUUCAGCAAGCAUCAGAUCAGGCCUUAAGUGCUAAACAAGGCCACUGUUUUUCUUGAGACUGGUCCCCAUGAUGCAACUGUAUGUGUUAAUAUUCUGUUUUAUUACUGUCUGUAGUUGAAUUGUUGGCUCUGUUGUUUUUUUUAAGGAGCAUUUAGAAUACUGUGUUCUCUUGCAUAUGUAUAACUUUGUAUACUGCAUAUUGUGUACCUCAUUAUCAGGAAUCCUGGUUUUCUCUGUUUAAAAAUCACAAAUUCUUUGAUUAAAAACAAAACCCCAAAAAUCCUCUGAUUAAAAAAACCCCAAAUCCAUGUUUUUCCACAGUUUAAAAUGAAAUGCCACUAUCUAUAUAUAGGGAUUUGCUGAACAUAAUGUUUUAUUGAUAUAUUUACCAUUUUAAAGCAAUUUGGAAGCCUACCACUGCCUCAAUCAUUAUAAUAAAAUUAAUUCUAAAUUUAUUUAUUUUUUUAAUCAUGGAAAAUCAAAGCUCCUCCUGCUCCCUUCACUCACCAGGAUGUGGGUCCAGCUGCAGCUGUCCCUACCACUGCUUUGUGGCACUGAGCAGGACUGAUAUGCCAAUGUCCUGCCCCUGCCUAUGCCCGUGCCCCUCACUCCUGACCUGUAGCCCCCGUCUGCCCCUGACUUGCUCCUCUCUGCACCAGGACAUGAGUCUAACUGCAGCUGUCCUUCCUGCUGCUUUGUGGCUCUGAGCAGAGUCAACCCUGCUGUUCUGCUCCCUGUGCCUGUGCCCAGACCCCAAUGUUACUUGUCCCCAUGUCCUUUCUGGGAAGACCUUGACUGGGGCUCAGGAAGCGGGCUAGACCUGUUUCUAGCUGGGCAAGCCCCUUCCCUUCCGGGCAAGCCCCUUCCCUUCCAGGCCAGCCUCCCCUUGCACAGGCUACUCUAGGCGGGUAAAGGGAACUCAAGACCCAGCUCUGGUGGCUGGUUCUACACAGAGUAUCCCCGACCCCCGCAGCUACCCCAAUCCCCCUCUUGUCCAUCUCUGCAUCCCCUGCUGCCACCUCCACCCCUCCCAUUCUGGUCCAUCAUACUCCCCAUGGAGUGGUUUCUGGGACGAGGAGCCUCCCCCUAGGCUGGGGCCACGUAUCCUGGGGCUGAUGUGGGCGCAGGGCCAGAUUGCAGUGCAGUGGCUGCCUGUGUGGCUGUGGCUCCCACCAGCAGGUCCCAUCCCAUCUGGCAGCUGGGAAUACAGGGGCUGCAGUCUGGAGAGGCUGGCAGGAGCCAGGCUGAGCAGGGUGGCAUGUGGGCUGGCUGCACCACUUCUUCCCUCCCUGCGCCCUGCUGUGCAGCGUGCCCACAGCCGCCACUUCCAGCGCUAGCCCUGGCAGAGCCGCCAGCAGCUUGCUGCUGCAGGCCGGUGGGUGUGGCAUGGCAGCAUGGUGGGCAGCUGUUGCAGGAGCAAGGAAUAGCUAACGCUUGCCCUGGGCAGCGCCCCCAGCCCUGCCCCAAGGGCAAACCCUCCCUCCCACAUGAGCCACCACCACCACCCCAGCUGGGCAGUGCCCUCAUCCUCAGCCCAAGCUGAGUGGGGACAAGCCACAGUGGGACGGGCCAUGGUCAGGGACAAGGCAGCCCGCACCUGUCCUGGCCUUGGCCCUCAGUGCAGGCCAGUGUGAUCACCGCCCAUGCACCUCUGUCCUGCCAGCUCUCCCAGCAGGCCCCAGGCCCCCCCCCCCCAGUAGCAUGAUCCUCCCCAACCCACAGGACCUUCCCCAGCCCUGUUGGAGGGGACCCACAGCUACCUCCCUGCCCCCAGGUCCCAGCCCCCAAAGCUCUACUUACCCUAAAGACCUCAGGAGGGACACUGAGUCCGAGCCAGCCCAGGCUGACUCAUAUUCUCAGGCUCCACCCCUGCCUCCAUCUGGACAGGGCUUAGGGUUUCCUGCCCUUUUGCUAGUAGCUCUUGUAGGCCAGACCCAUCCAUCCUGCAGAGAGCUGUUUGCAAAACGGGCCUGCUUCAAACGGGCCUGCUUUUCUCCUUUCAAAGGGAAAAUCCAUGUUUUUCCUGUGGGAAACGGAAAACUUGGACCCUGUUCAUUAUUCUGUGGUCAGUAUCUGAACUCUCUCAUGAAAAUGAAUUAAGCUGAUGAAUCAAUGUGAAACAAGUUUCAUUUUGUAAACUGCUGCAUUGCAUGUGACAGGCAAAUAAUCCUUAUAGGGCAUGUCCCCACAAGCAGGAACAUACAUUCCCCGGGGACAAAUGCGUAUUUGUGCUGCUACUGAUUGUCCCUGGGGAACGCCCUUGCAUGCACGCUCAGGCAAGCGGGAAGUUGGGGCAAGCGCUUGGCCUGGUCCCAGCAGCUUUACCUGGGGUUGUGGGGGCAUCCCUGAGGUCCAGCAGUGGUGAUCAGGGCAUGUGGAGCCUGGCCGGCAGCUAGAGCAUGGCUAUGACCAGCCAGGUCCAGUUUUACAUAGUGCUUGCUGCUGCCACAUGCACCACCCUGCUUUUUUCUGGUGUGGGUUUUUUGACACCAGGAUCAGUGCAGCAAAUGGGUCUGUGGCACUGCAAACCACACAUGAGCACUCAUCUAGAUGUGCCCACUAAAGGCCAUCACUCCUAAGUAACAGCUGUUUUCUGUGCUGGCAUCAUGGGUUUUGAAUUAUGCCUACUGAAUCAGUGUGAAGCCAGGACACAUUCUUGUUUUGUGAGAGACUUCAGGACUUGAGGUUUAAAAACACAUUUGGAAUUUUCUCACUUUGCAAAUCUGGCACAGCACAGAUUGCACUUCUAGUGGCAUCACAACAUCAGAGCCUUUACCCAGAGCAAAAUCAGUUCUCACUAUCACAAAGUAAAGAACAUCUGCAUAGGACUCACCAGCCCCCGAUAUAGAAGAUCAGUUAGGUGCUGAUGACCAAUUACAGACUAAUAGUCCAUUACUGCAGUGCUUCUCACAAGGUAGGCUUGCAGUCCUAAGGGGAGUAUUUUGUAGAGCUUAAAAUAUAAGAAUGGGAAAUUUUUUCAUUGUUUAACAAUAAAUGGAUGUAAUUCUGUGCUUGUGUAAGUUGAUAUUAUCCAAUAGUUCCUCUACAGCAAUACAUAGAUGUGGUGUUCUGAGA